AUGCCCGCUCGAACUGCGUCCGUGAUUGACACUCUACCACCAGCCAUUGCCAAGGUCUUUGAUCAGGCUCAGUCGUCGACCGCCAACCACCAGAAGAAUUUUGUUGUAUUAUACAAGCUCCAUGUCGAAGCAGCUACAUUCAAGGAGUCCAUCGAAUCAGGUGUCAGACUCACUGGGGAGCGUGUGUUUGGAGACCGGUUUAUUGAGAUGAUCAACCACGUCCUUAUCAUCAAGAAGGGCAUUACUGUCGCAGACAGGAUCGUCAAGUUUGUAGGAGGCUAUAUUAAAUUCAUUCACGCAAAAACCGUUGAAGCCAAGCGAGAAGACGGAGAUGAAGAGGAUGAUGAGAGCGUUGUAUCACGAUUCACUGCUCGGCUUCUCACACAUCUCCUCAAGGGCUUCUUAGCCAAAGACAAACAUGUCCGCUAUCGUGUCUCCCAUUUUGUCGCAGACAUGAUAUCGCACCUGGGAGAACUGGAAGAAGACAUGUACACGUCCCUUCGCAUGUCCCUCAUGGAACGGGUACGCGACAAGGAGCCAACAAUACGCGUACAAGCUGUUAUUGCUCUUUCCAAACUUUGCGGCUCUGAGGACCCGGACGAACUUGAAGAUGAUGAGGCAACAGCAAUCGACGUCCUCGAGGACAUGCUUGCUCAUGAUCCUUCUGCUGAUGUUCGACGUGCAGCCCUCCUAAAUAUACCCCUUUCACCUGCCACCAUUCCCUCUCUUCUCACCCGAACGCGAGACAUCGACACAACCAUCCGCAAGCUCGUAUACUCCGCCAUCCUGGAACCCAACUGUUUCGUAGUUAGCACGGAAGACACUGUAGGCGUGACACAUCCCCGCGCGCUCACAAUAGCGCAGCGAGAGUUGAUCGUGCGCAACGGCCUCGGAGAUCGGGAGACUGCCGUGCGCGCAGCCGCAGGCAAGCUUGUCGGAACAUGGGUCGAUGCUGUCGGGAGUGGCAAAGGAUCCAUCACGGAAGAUGUUAUCGCCUUUUUACAGACGUUCGACUUGACAGAGAACACUGUUGCGGAGGAAGCGCUGCUCAGCGUACUCGUGACCCGUGUAGAUGUUUUCGAUGGACUCGAGUUUGAAGAGACGUUCUGGGACAUGUUGACUCCCGAAAAAGCCUUUCUUGCGCGGGUCUUUGUCGACCAUUGCAUCUCCACUAAGGAUGACGUCCGCCUUGAGUCUGUCCUCCCCGUCGUUACAGAACUCGCAUUCCGCAUUCAGCACGGCUACAAUGAUCUUCUCGAGCAAAUACAAUCUGAUGAAGAGGAAAGGUUCCUCCGCGGCGGUGAGGGCGAUGAUGGUGAUGAUGAUGCACGCAUGGAUCGCGAGUUCAUCAUCUGCGAACUGCUCAAGCUGGCAGUAAAUCUGGAUUAUGCAGAUGAGAUCGGGCGGAGGAAGAUGUUUCAGCUCGUUCGUGAUAUGAUUUCGCAGGAGGCACUCCCCGAAAACCUCGUCACUCGGUGCUUGGACAUUCUGCGCAAGCUCUCCCCGAAUGAACGCGACCUGAUACGCGUUGUCGUCGAAGUGGUACACGAACUUCGUGAUCCCAGUGACCCAGACGAGGAUGAUCAAGAACCUUCCGGCGCUGAUGAUGCAUCGACCUCGUUCGCUGAAACCCCCGUACCCGUGCGGGUUGCCCGUGCGCCUGCAGCACCGAAACCGGUGUCGGAGAUGACCCCGGAGGAAAAGACAAGGGCAGACGCUCUUGAUGUACGGUGUCUCGAUCUCUGCAUCGGGAUGCUAGAGCGAGUCAACGGGACUUUUGAGGAAAACUCGACGUUGGAGGGCAUUUUGGGUGAGCUAAUUGUUCCAGCGGUCAAACGGAAGGAACUGGCCUUGAGAGAGAAAGGUCUAGUCAGCUUGGGCUUGUGCUGUCUUAUUGCUCGGCGGAUGGCCUUGAACUCUUUCCAACUUUUCCUCAGUCAAGUACAGGCAGCACCGGAAGUCCUCAAAAUUCGAGUGCUUCAGGUGGUGUUCGAUAUCCUCAUGGUUCACGAGGGUGACUUCCUGGCGAAUGGACACGUCGGUGGAGAUCGAGUCAUCGAAUUCCUUCUGCAUGUACUGAAUAACGAUGAAUCGGAAAAGGUCCAGGCCAUCAUUUGCAUGGGAUUCGCAAAGCUAAUGCUUUCACGGAUGGUCACCGACAACCGGGUCCUUUCAAGUCUCAUUCUUGUCUAUCUCUCUCCUGAUACAGCCGAUAACCAAGAACUGAGGCAAUGCUUGUCAUAUUUCUUCCCUGUUUAUUGCUACUCCUCUCCAGCGAACCAGCGCCGGAUGCAGCAGGUCUUCCCUUCGAUAUUUGAACAGCUCGCAACGGCGUACAAGGCGCUAGACGAUGAUCAAGAAAUGGUGUCGCCUGCUCAAGUCGGUAGCAUGUUUAUCGAUUGGACAGAUCCGCAGAAAGCAGUGUCAGCUUUGUUCAAUAAACAGACGGAAAGUAAGUGUCUCAAAAAUUUGCGAACCUCUUUUUUGGAACUUAUUGCGUUUCUAGAGGAGGAAAAGAAAGUAUUGUGUCAAUUACUUGGCAAGAUGUAUAUUCCCCCGGAGAUUGACGAUGAUAAACUCUGCACGCUAAAGUUGCUCAUACACAACCUACGCUUGAGGCGUCCCUUGCGAGACACGGCUUCCAACAACGCGUUAAACCGUUUCGAUGCGUCCAUCUCGAAAAAAUACGAAAAGCAGCUGGAAGACUUCAAUGAGGAAGAGUAUCGUCAACUUGAGUCGCUGAAGGAGCUCUUUGAGUUCUUGGAUGAUAUAUUUCCUGAAGACGACGAGGAAGAUGAGAUGCCACCAAAGAAGAGGACAAGAAAGCGGUAUGUUAGCGACCUUUUUGUUGUUGUUCUCGUAGCUGACGGCCGCGUAUACGUUCCAGGCGAUCAGACAGUAUUAUAUCAGAUGCCACAGAGACUAGUCAAGAAGAACGAUCAGCCACGCCUACUCGCAAGCGAGGACAGGGCAGGGCAAAGUGCGCUGUUCGACUGCGAAUAUUGA